AUGGGUGGAAUUCUACCUCCUGUCAUGGUCUCCUCUGGCUUUCUUCCAACAGGUUCUUUGCUAGAAUCAUUGAUCUACGUCUCGAAAGAAGUCACAUCCAUGGAAAAGCUUCCAUUUGUGCAGUUCAAAAAUGUUUCGAUGAUGAUAAGAAGAGUCAAGCUAAUUACUUCAUUGUUUGAAGAGAUUCAAGAUACAAAUCACACACUUCCACCAUCAUCAAUCUUGUGUCUCACUGAGCUAUUUUCAGUGAUCCGAAGAGUGAAGCAUUUGAUACAAAAGUGCAAGGAAGGUAGUUCUCUGUGGAACCUUGUGCAGACAGAGCUUGUUUCAAAUCAGUUCCAUUCAACAGUAAAAGAUAUGGGGAGGGCACUCGAUAUUUUACCUCUGAGAUUGCUUCAUGUAAAAGCAGACACUAGAGAGAAAGUUGAAUUUCUUCACAAGCAGACAAAAAGGGCUGAUUUAUCUGUUGACCCUGGAGAACUUCAAACAAUGGAGGAGCUGCUCCAAGUGAUGGCUACUAACAAUGAGAAGAACAACAAAUUCAUUGACUUUCGGAAAGUGAGAGAGAUUUUAAGCAACAUUGGUUUAAAUAGCCCAUUUGAUUAUUAUGAAGAGAUCUCAAAACUAGAGGCAGAAGCUGAAAGGCAGGCAGGCACAGGGGGGCCUAUCGUGGUUUGCAACAUCAACAAUCUCAUUUCCCUGAUUUCGUUAUCCAAAUCUCUGAUUUUCAGGGAAGAAGAAACUACAAAAACCCAGUACCUGAAGCAGUGUAGUGCUUCAGUUAGGCAUCAUGAUCACACCUCAUCUUCUCAAUCAAUGAUUUUCAACAUUCCUGAUGAAUUCCGUUGCUCAAUUUCACUCGACUUAAUGAGGGACCCUGUGAUAGUAACAUCAGGGCACACUUAUGAUCGAAAUUCAAUCGCCCAGUGGAUUAACUCAGGGCAUCGCACAUGCCCCAAAAGCGGGCAGAGGCUAAUACAAAUGGCCCUUAUACCCAACUAUGCACUGAAGUGUCUAAUUCAUCAAUGGUGCCAGGAGAACAAUGUACCAAUAAUGGAAUCUACAUCAUCUUAUCCAGCAUUGAGGAGGAGCAGUAGUGAGAGAAAACCAUGUCAGAAUGAUUUGGAUCACAUUUCUGCCACAAAAGCUGCUGCGGAUGCUGUCAAAAUGACAGCAGAAUAUUUCGUAGGGAAAUUAGCAACAGGAUCACCACAUACACAGAGGCAGGCAGCAUAUGAGCUUCGGUUAUUAGCAAAAACUGGCAUGGACAAUCGCAGGAUAAUUGCUGAGGCAGGAGCUAUUCCAUUUUUGGUCACUCUGCUAGGUUCCCAUGACCUGAAAAUUCAGGAAAAUGCAGUCACUGCCUUACUCAACCUCUCUAUACUAGACAACAACAAGAAAUUAAUAAUGGCUGCAGGUUCCAUUGACGGCAUAAUAGAUGUUGUACAAUCAGGAAAAACAAUGGAAGCACGAGAAAAUGCAGCAGCAGCAAUCUUCAGCUUGUCUAUGAUGGAUGAUUACAAGGUGAUCAUAGGUGCCCGUCCCAGAGCCAUUCCGGCCUUGGUUACGCUCCUAGAAAAAGGAACUACAGGGGGGAAAAGGGAUGCUGCAACAGCACUUCUCAACCUUGCGGUUUACAAUGCCAACAAGGCAUUUGUUGUGCUUGCUGGGGCAGUUCCUGUACUCAUUGAUCUGCUGAUGGAUAACAAUGCGGGUAUCACUGAUGAUGCCUUAACGGUCCUCUCCUUGCUGUCACGGUGCGCUGAAGGAUUCGAGGAAAUACGCAAGAGUAGAGCCUUGCUUCCUCUUCUUAUUGAUCUUUUGAGAUUUGGAUCUCCCAGGGGGAAGCAUAAUUCAAUUACUCUGUUGUUGGGGCUCUGCAAAGAUGGCGGCGAGGAGGUUGCAAGAAGACUACUAAUAAAUCCACAAACCAUUCCAUCUCUCCAAAGAUUGGUUGCUGACGGGUCUUCCAAAGCUCAAAGAAAAGCAGAUGCUCUGCUUAGAAAUCUGAAGCCAGAUUUGGAGAACGGUAAUUAA